UGUAUGGAGUAAAAAGUACAAUAUUUUCUUUAGGAAUAAGUAAAAGUUGUCAAAAAUAUAAAUAGUAAAGUACAGAUACCCCAAAAACGACUUAAAUAGUACUUUCAAGUAUUUUUACCUACUCUACACCACUGGUUCCUCUGUUAAGCUGGAGUGUAAUUUAACCUACUUGAUCUGCGUGGCUAAGGUCAUUUGGACUAAUCAGCUCAGCUCUGGCCCUGGGUGUAACCCUCAGAGGGGAUUAGACAUGCCAGAGGCACAGGACAAGAGAGGCUUGUCCUAUUCUUAGUGUGGGAUGGCAGUCAAGAUAGCUGGAACUGGUCUUCUGCCGGCAAAAUCCUCAUGACCGAUAUCCUCUGCCCUCAUCAAUGCUAUUGAAUGAGUGAUAGUUUCUUCUUUAAUCAAUGUUACUGAUCAUUGUUUCUCUCUCCGUUUGGAUUAAUCUGUACUUGCUCGACUGUCAGUAUGGAACUGGGCAAAGCCAAGUUGCUGAGGUCAGGUCUGAACACGCUACACCAAACCAUCCACCCCGUCCACGGGAUAGCCUGGACUGACGGGAAGCAGGUCUGCCUCACCUCCCUCUACUAUGACAACUGCGAAGUCAAAUUCGGCGACACCAACGUCAUCGGUCAAUUUGAGCAUGUAUUCGGCCUCUCCUGGGGCCCUCUGUGCUGUUCCGGCGCUCCUGCCCUGUUGGCCGUCCAACACAAGAAACAUGUCACAGUGUGGCAGCUGCAGCUCAGCGCUCUGGAACAGAACAAGCUGCUCUGCACUCAGACCUGUGAGAUGAGUGAACCGUUCCCCCUUCUGUCUGAGGGAUGUGUCUGGCAUCCCAAGAUGGACAUCCUUUCUGUCCUCACUAAGAAAGAUGCCUCUGUGCUGUUCUGCGUCCGCGUGGACAACCGUAGGGUCAAGGCUGAUAUUAAAGGCAGUGGACUCAUCCACUGUGCCUGCUGGACCAAAGAUGGCACCCGGUUGGUUUUGGCUAUAGGAAGCGCCCUUCACUCCUACAUCUAUAACGAUGUUCAGAAGAGUCUUUUAGCCUGCUCCUUCUGCCCCAUCUUUGACGUGGGCGGGUACAUCUGUGCCAUCGAGUCAACAGGCGAGGCCCAGGUGGCAGUAGCUACAGAGCUGCCUCUGGAUAGGAUCUGCGGGCUGAACGCUGGCAUAGCAUUUGACGUGUCCUCAGAUUCAGAGUCCUCCCUACCUGGACAUUCUUCUCCUAUGGUGAUGUUGGACGAGGAUGGCUGUAUAGACCCCCGCAGGAGGUCCUUUGACUCUGAGAGGUCCUACCUCUCCUGCUCUGCCUCCGGUGGUCCUAUGGACCUCACCCACCUCCUGGCUAAGCACCGGCGCUCAGAUCCUAGUCCACUCUUACACCUGCGCCGCAGGGACCACCUGACCGACUCUGGACAGGAUUCGUCCCACCUUAUCCUGGUAACCUACGAACGGAAAGUCACCAGCACCAGUAAGGUCAGCAUCCCUGGGAUCCUGGUGCCAGACAUUGUGGCCUUUGACUCCAGAGGUUCCACGGUAGCAGUGGCCUCCAACACAUGUAGCAUGGUACUGGUCUACUGCAUCACGCCGUCCACCAUGCCCAACAUCCAGCAGAUCUCCUUACAGAAAAACGAGAGGCCCAAAGGCAUCUGCUUUCUUGGUGACAAGAUGUUGCUUCUCAUGAUUGGCAGACAGAAGUCCAAAGACCCUGCCUUCCUCCCCUCCUCCAAUACGGACAAAUACAUCCUGCGCCUCGCAUCCAAGGAGAUUGUCUACAAUGGAGGAACCCCGGCAUGUCCCUCCCCGAAUCGAGAAUCCCCCGUUAGACGCCACUCGAAGCAUGUCUUCUCUAAAGAUGAGCAGCAGGAGCUUGUUGAGAUUAAGGAGCUGGUGUUGCCGGGAGGAGGUGUAAUCCAGUCCCAUUCUCCAGGGAGCAGCAGGAGGAGGCUGGUGGAGGAGGUGAGAAGCCCGGAGCCCAGCUCAGUCACCAGCUCAGUGGACUUCUCCUACUCUGACCUCUGUCACACCUCUGACCAACCUCACUCUAAUGCUUCCUCCAUUACGGUCGAAAACUUCCACACGGAACCCGUCAACCGAAUGACGAUGCUCUCCAUGGCAGGACAGGCUAGCAGGGAGUCAAGUCAAACCUGCUCCCCAUACUACAACCCUAGGGAUAAGCCCCACACGGAGCUCCCCACCCUGCCCAAAACCACCCCCUUGGCCCCCAGAGAGAAGGAGAGGAACCUGGAGCAGCUGUCUCAGAACAUGGAGAGGAUUUUCUCUCGUUUUUCUGAGGUGCAACAGUGUCUGACAGAGAUCAGGGACUUCACCCGGACCGGCAAAAGGGGUCUGGGGACUAGUUACCCCAAUGCCUGUGAUCCUCCAUACGUUAACAUCACAUGUCAGAAGCAGCUGUCUGAGAAUGUGUUUAUAGAUGAGAGAAGGCCAGUGUUGUUGUGUGAGGGGAAGCUGUGUCUGAAGGUUCUUCAGGAGCUCUUCAACGUCACUAUAGUAGAGAUGGUGUAUGGUCCGUUGUGGAUAGUCCUGGUAGCGGAUGCAGAGGGCUUUGUACCCCUGACUUUUAAACCCAAAGAGGAGUUGACGGUGAGGAACGGAAAGAGUAAAUCUCCCAUCAGAACCCCUGGCAGCCCAGACUCCUGCCCCUCCAGCCCAGUCAAAUCUCCCUCCAGCCCAGUCAAAUCUUACCCCGACACAGAGACUUGAACACAGCCUAAAUCUCAAAACAGACUUCAGUAUAGUGGGAGAGAGCACACAGCAUGGGACUACCGCCUAGCAUAACAUAUGAGAUGUCAAUGCUUUAUGCAUGCAUAUCUAAAAACUGCACACGCAAAGACUCAACCCCUCGGCAGCUUUUUAUGAACAAGCAGUACUGGGUGGCAAAUGUUCCUUUUUCAGUUGGGGGAUUAUUCAAUACACCUUUGAAAGAAGAACCUUUCAAACAGAAUGUUUACACUUCGUGACUUUGGGAGAUUAUAUUUUGGGGGCUUUGUAUUAUAUGCCCAUCUGGUCCAAGAUGAAGUUCUGUUUUUUUAAUCAGAGCACUGAGGUAAGAUAGUGUGGUGUUUUGGCUGGCAGAGUUCAGUGUAGCUGCCACCAAAUCCCAAAGAGAUGUAUCCGAUUGUAUAUUAUUAAAACGUUCAAAUGUU